AUAUGUCCUGGGAUCGAAUAAAGUGCUGAGUCUUCUGCCAGUCAGCACAACAGCAACCGAUGUUGCCUCGUUACAGACCUACCUGGAUUCAGUCGUUCCAAGGCAGUUUUCCCUCAUGAAGGUCUCUGAUGAGUGCCUGACCUCAGCCACUCUCUUCUCGUCCGCUGUCAGGGACGCGUUCUUCCUGUUUUGCACUGAAUUGGACCCUACUAUUGCCCUUCGUGUGUUUGUAUUCGAGUACGAUGCCUUGAGAGGCCCCUACCUGCUUCCAUAUUACAAUGGACAGUCAAACAUAUCAGCCUUUGCUGUUGUCUCGACCACUGAGAAAAAUCUGCCUGUAUCUGACUUUUUAUUCAUGUCAAUGAGCGACAACACGUAUGGAAUGACCAUGGGGUCCAAUGGACUCUAUUCCGAGACAGUCAGCUAUGUUAUGGGCGACGACACCACUCCCAAUAACAUUUCACCCAGUCCCUCGUUAUCGCCACCAAACGUCGAUCAGCCCAGCGGCAGCGGCAAUGGCAAUGGCAAUGGCAAUGGCAAUCGAUCAGGUGGCAUUGUUGGGAGCAUUAUUGCGGCGAUAUGUAUAAUCGCUUUGCUCUAUUGCCGGUUCGUGCGCAAGAGACGCGUACAAUCCAAAAUCAACGAGAUCAUGCAGAGACAUGAUGGAUCGACACAUGUCGUUCCUCCAGACCCCAGGUGGGCCACUGUGUCCAAUAUAGUGCCUCCGCCCCCUCCACUACCACCGCCUGCCCAUCAUUUUGCGAGCUUUGCAGCCAUCCCUACAGAAGAACAACAGGAUCUGGCACAGAUUGAGAUGCAGAGAAUGCGGUUAGGACCGACGCCGUCUAUUGUCGGUUCAUCCGCAGGAGUGGCUCCUCCAAUUGCCCCUCCGUCUACGGUUUCAAUAUCUGAUGAUCAUUAUGAGACUUCCACUCCACAAUCACAUUCACACCAGUACCUGCAUCCUCAACAUCAGCAUUCGACAUUUAACCGCCAUAUAGCCUCUAAGAGUCAGGGAACCGACUCUGGCGAGGAUUCUUAUUUACAGCAUACAUAUUCAAAUUCACCUUCAGGGUCGUCAACUGGCCCCGUAGCCUCGAAAGACCCGGUGUACCCCAGCUAUGCCGGGUCCGGUUCAGAAGGCUCGUCCUAUCGUCAUCAUCACCAUCCUCUGCAGGUGUCGCAGUCUUUUUCGAGCCCAAAAGAGAAAGAUAAGGGCUGGGCUGAUGAUGACUCUGAGAAUUUAUCAUCAUCGCCCCCUCCGCCACCGCCACCGUACCUCGCGGUGGCAACCCAGUUGCUGAACGCGCCCAGUGCCCCUUCAUCCAGCAACCCUCCUCCUCCUCAAUAAAAACACUUUGAGCGCGCAUUUGCAUAAUGGUAAAAAGGAAAUAAUAACAUUUGGCAUUUCACAUAUGUAGAGAAGGUACUCAAGCUGGUCGCGUCUACAAAGCGACGCGUUUAUUUGGGCUCUGAUGGCUCAUUUG